GAGAGCAGAAACUUAGUGAGCGUUAUAAAGUCACGUGAUCUCGUGCUCUUCAGUGUCUCACAAACUCGCUAACAGACAGUUGUAACAAUCAGCAUGAUGAACAGGAAUGGACAUAGAACCGAUGAUGACCAGGUUCUGCCUUGGACGAUAGGCUUGGUCAACAGCCAGUUUCGCUAUUUGACUGCAGAGAAUUUCGGCUGUAAGAUAAAUGCAAACGGGAUUGGUUUGAAAAAGAAACAGACAUGGAACCUGGAGUGGAUGGAAGACGGAGAGGCGGUGUCCCUCAGAAGUCACCAGGGCAAGUAUCUUGCAGUGGACCAGUUUGGCAAUGUCACCUGUGAAAUUGAAGACAAAGGAGCCGAAGCCACAUUCCAGAUCUUUGUGGCAGAUGACAGAGAUGGGAAGUGGGCUUUGCAAAGUCUGGUAAGAGGUUAUUUCUUGGGAGCCAGUAAGGACAAAGUGGUAUGUACAGCCAAAAUACCAGGUCCCGCUGAAUUGUGGGAUGUUCAUCUUGCUACCCGUCCGCAGGUCCUGCUGCGGUCCUUUGGUCGCCGUCGCUUUGCUCGGCUUUUGUCAAACAUGAAUGAAAUACGCUUUGAUGCUAACAUCCCGUGGGGUGAAGACACAUUAUUCACAUUGAUCUAUGAUAGUGGUAAGUACAGUCUUCACACUGGAGAUGGCCGAUGUCUGCAUGCCGAUGGGAAGUUAGUUGACAAAGUUGGACAAGACUGCAGAUUCACUUUAGAGUUUCAUAACAAAUACCUAGCAUUAAAGGCUGCAGAUGGGCGAUACCUUGCACCUGUAGGAAGUAAAGCCAUUCUCAGGACCCGGACACAUUCAAUCUCCAAGGACGAGCUAUUCACUCUGGAGGUGUCUCAACCGCAAGUAGCUUUUGCAGGAGUCAGUGGAAAGAUGGUUUCUGUACGACAAGGAGUCGAUGUAACCGCAAACCAGGAUGAAAUCUGUGAUCACGAAACCUUUCAACUGGAGAUUGAUAACUCCUCCAAGCGGUGGUACGUUCGGACAAUAGAGAACAGAUACUGGUGUUUGGGAAGUAAUGGUGGGAUCCAGGCAACUGACUGUAAUAGGAUCCCCAGUUCAUCCUUUGACCUUGUAUGGAAUCAGAAUGGAAGCGUUUCUUUUCUGGCCUAUAAUGGUAGAUUUGUAGCGGCGAAGAAAAAUGGACAACUGUUUGUCAAUAGUGACCGAGUGGAAAAGAUGGAAAAUUUUUACUUGUUCCUGGUAAACCGUUCACGCAUUGUCAUUAGAUGCGACCAAGGGUUUGUGGGCUACAAAAGUGCUACUUCUCAGAAGCUGGAAUGUAAUAAAUCAGAAUACGAAACAAUUGUAAUAGAAAAAGGGAAAGAGCCAGGAAUUUAUUACUUACAAGAUGGCAAAAGCAAGAAAUACUGGAGAGUGUUUGAAGAUGAGAUUGUUGUUGAUUCGGAUGUUCCUCAAGGUUUUUAUUUAGAGAUCAGAGAACCGUCAAAAUUGAGCCUGAAGACUUCUAGCGGAAAUUACUUAGUAGCAAAGAAAAACGGAAUCCUCAAAGUCGGCGACAAUAACCCUGAAAGUGCCACUUUGUGGGAGUUUUAAACAUCGUUGAUAGAACAGUUAUGCAUAUUAAGAAAAAAUUAUUAUCACUAUUAUUAUUUUACUGUGAAGAAUUUUGUGAAUUCUUGCACGACUAGAACUAAAUACGUUAUACUUCUUUGACACUUUCAUCAUAAGCUUAUUAAAGGACUUGUAGUAAUGUUUGUUAAGAAAAUAACACUAGAAAAGUGUCUUGUUGCAUUCUUUUUUUUUUUGCUUCUAGAAAAUAUUUUUA